CUCCAUUUGUGGGGUCACAGUUCAGGCUUCAGUUUGGCCGCCACCAGCGUUGCCGUUGUGAUUUGGGUGCCUGAGUUGCACUAACGGGCACACCACCUUCCGUGAGUUCGGUCGAAGUUGGUCCCAGGAGCCUCAAAAGCGGAAGGCCCGCUUAGACCUCUCUUCGAUCCGAUAUUAUAGCAUCAUUCCCCGAUUCAUAUCUACGGGGCUAGCCGCUGGGGAGGACUACUUGUAUUAGUAGUUAGGUAGAAAUUAUAGUAUUAGAAAGCGGGAUCGGGUGCUGGUGGCUCUACGAUUUGACCCGAAACCGAUUAAAGCAAGAAUAAAAAAAAGGCGUUUUAAUAUCCUCCCCGAGUCGUCUUCCAUCGUGGAUCAUCGACUUUGAUUGAACGGCUGGCCCAACCCAAAUCCAUCACCCAACCCAUGUAAUUUCAGGGGCCAUAUUUUUAGAACACCCUCAGUGAUUAUAAGAAAAGGUACGUGUCACCACCAUGAUGAUGGCUCCGAUGUCUUCAUCCUCGCUGAACACGCCUCCGCCUUCACCCUCGGUGUCUGGUGCCACGCCCCACAAAGGCAUCAAUAAUUACAAUGUAACGACGGCUGGAGGAGGAAGUAAAAAAUCUAGGCAACGCAUUUAUAACAAAAACAAAUCUACUCCAUUGAUUGCCGACUUGGAGACUGGCUUGGAAGAGGCCUUGCAAACAAACGGAUGUUAUGAAACGACCAAGGCCCUAGAAGAGCGGAAACAAGUGAUCCACCGCCUCAAUCUUUUGGUUCGCCAAUGGAUCCAAAGCGUGUCGUUGUCCCGUGGUAUGCAUUGGCAAGAUAUCGAGAAAAUUGGGGGCAAAGUCGUGGCCUACGGAUCUUAUAUGUUGGGCAUUUCCCACCAAGGCGCCGACAUCGAUGCACUAUGUAUUGCGCCUCAACAUAUUACUAGACAAGAAUACUUCAGUUCGUUUUUCUCGCUGUUAUAUUACCAAGAAGAGGUCACCGAAUUGCGAGCCAUAGAAGAAUGCUACGUUCCCGUGCUGAAGAUGCGCUACAAUAAUGUCGAGGUCGACAUGACCUUCGCCCGUCUCAGCAUCUCGGAGAUCCCCAACGACCUCGACUUUCUUGACAAGGUGGACAUUAACACCUUGGAUCAGAAGUGUCUUCGGAGCCUCAACGGCUAUCGAUCCACGCAGAUGAUCCUCAAACUCGUGCCCAAUGUGGAGGUCUUCCAAAGAGUGCUUCGAGCCGUUAAAAUGUGGGCUAAAGGCGAGGGUGUCUACGGCAACACAACAGGCUAUUUGGGAGGGUUUGCUUGGGCCGUGAUGGUGGCUCACGUUUGUAUCAACUAUCCAAAGAGCCGUGCUAUCGACCAGGUUCAGCAAUUCUUCAGGACCUUCGGCGAAUGGCAAUGGCCCAAUGCCGUGUCUUUGGUAGAUUACCACAUCGCCCCACCAGGACCACAUCAAACUGCCAGCUGGAACCCGGACAAAAACGUCCAAGAGAGGUCCCACGUAAUGCCUGUGCUGACGCCAGUAUAUCCUUACGCCAACUCCACUUUCAAUGUGAGCUCCAAAACCCUCCAGCUGAUAAACGACAGAGUGAGCAAAGCCUUCGAUACCACAUCCAGGAUUUUGAAAGGCUCGGAUGAAUGGGCGUCUUUGUUCAAGCUGAAUCAUAUAUUCCAUGAAUAUGACCACUUCCUCCUGGUGAUAGGAAGUGCCAUUUAUCACGUGCAGUGGUUCGGUCUGAUCGAAAGCAAGAUCCGUUACUUCGUCAGCUGUGUCGAGAAGGACUCUUGGGAGACUUUGGAGAGUGCCAGGAUCUGGCCCAAGCCUUACCUUCAACGGGGGUCCGCUGGAGACCAAUCUCGUCCCGCAUCAGCCCCGCCCUCUUUGGUCGGGGAUGGACACACCCGAGAUUCUGGAGUAACUUCCACUGACUCCGAGAGUGGAGGUGGUGGUACGUGUGAUGGGACCAAUGGUGGUGGUGGGUCCGCUAAUGGAGGUGUGGAGAUCUUCAGACAACUCUGGUUUGUGGGUUUGCAAUUCCAGGAGGGCGUCAAGAACAUUGGUGAUCACUCGGUGGAGUACAAAAGGGCCACAACUUGGUUCCGUGAGACGCUCUAUAGGCACGCCAGCAGCUUCCACACCGAUGAUAUGAACAUAGAAGCCGCCUACGUUCAUAAGACGGAUUUGACAGGACAACUCUCCAAGGCCGACGUCGAGGAAAUGCUAUCGUACUCUUCUCCCAAGAGAGAGCCCACGCCCCCGCCACAACCCCCUCCUCCUAGCAGCACUCCAAGCUACUUACCCUCCAUGGUGGCCUCUGUGGCGGCUGUCCCGCUCCCGCCCUCGCUCUUAGGGGUGGGAGGAGGCGCUCCACACUCCGGUUCCAAUGGAGGAACCAAUGGGGCGGGAGCGACUGACCUCGAGACACUUCUCGCCACAGCCACACUCGCCAACGGGGGAGGCGGAGGAGGGAGGAGCAGCAGCGGUGGGGGCGUGGUAGCAGCUGCAGCCUUGGCCCUAGCCAAUAGACUUGGGCAAACGCCAUCAGCCUCGUCGACUUCGGUGGAUGUCCUCUCAUCGCCCUCUUACGGCGUAGCCUCGCCCAUAUCCAGUCACAUGGGCCCACGCCCUCAAACCCUUACACAACCUAUUACAACCAAGCCUUUGAUGUCGUCUGUGGCGAUGGACUCGAACCAUGGCUACCUGAAUCCGAUUUAUGGUGUGCACAACAUGCAUGGUCCACCCACCAACAUCCCGCCUCCAUCUCUGGGAAGAAAUCCGAUGUACAAUUUUGGCUACCAUCAUCAAGCCGUCAUGGCGGCUCAUCACGGCCAUCAUUAUGGCCCCAACCACCACCACCACCACCAUGUCUCCAAUUACGACAACCGUCCUUACAUGGAGCGGACAUUUGGAGGCCAAGGAAGGUCCUCAACCCAGAGCUUCCAUAGGAACGCAAGUUCUCCCAUGCUAACGAACAACCACGUGGGAGGGAUGAGCUUCUAUCCGUCCAAUAAUCGCCAAUCAAUGCUCCCCUCUCCGCAAACGAGCCACGCCUACGGAAAAUCCCCCACGACACACUCCCGAUCGCCCUCUAUGACCCCGCCGCCCCUCUUCAAAAACGGGCCCAAGGGUCCGGGUGCAUCUGGAUCUCACUCGGAUGGGAGUUGGUCCUCGGGCUCCUCCAAUCCUGAUACGGAGGAUGCUCAUCCUAACUUGUCACAUCGUCAACAUCAACAUCAUCACCAUCAUGUCCAAUACUCGGGUAAAUCGAGCAAGAGGCGAGCCGGAGGUGGCAGCAAGCCAGUCAAAUUGGGCAACAGCACAGUUGGCAGAUCUAUGAAUCCCACGAGUUCCCGACAUGAAAGACCCAAUGGGACUGAGUCCAACACGGAUGUCAGUUACAACAGCUCGUUGGACUCUGAAAAUGGAAGAUCGAUCUCGCUAUCAUCCGAUAGUUUCCCACCCGAGAUUGUGACCCGGGCCUACCGUCAGCACAAUCAGGACCGCGUCCCUCACAAUCCCAUGGCCACCCCACCCAAGGCAUUCUUUGGACCCCCGCCGUACCACGACAUCAGUGUACCACCCCCGCCCACUUCGCCAACCCACUUCUCAUCGAGGAUGAGCCACAACCAGAGAUCAAGACCCUAUCCUGAGCCGACACUCCUCAACUCCUCAGCUAUUUCCAAGCCAGUGGGCUUCACGAGACCGUCUGCCACCGAGCUAAUCGAUGUGACCACGCCCCGACCAGUUCAAAGAUUACCCUUGAACCCGGUUACGUUCAAUUUGUCUCAGGUCAACAAUAAUGCCAAUCCCGAAGACUCCUCUAAUAUCAUCAUUAAAACCAUUACCUCCAAUACUUCCUCCUCCACUCCAGUCACCACGACUAGCGACAACGACCCGGAUUCGGUCUUCUAUUGACUUCAGAGCGACAGGUGUGACACAUUUAUACACGAAGACCAAUAUUAACGGGGACGGUGCUCCUGGCCUUUGCCCUAAGACGACGAACGAUCCUUUGGACUGCUCAACUCGAUCUCAUACUACUGUUCGACAAACUACCAAAAGAAUGCCCAAGUCCGUCAAGUCUGUCGGAUUAACAUCAAAAAGCAUAACAUAAACACGAGUUGAGGCCAAUUCCCAUCAUAAAACCAAGGCUCCUCCUCGACCUCAAACAACAAUCUAAUUUUUUUUCCGCCUUGGGAUCGACCGCCCAAAGUGGCCUCUCGUUUCUUCUUCGUCCAUCUCAUCUUGUCCUAUCUCGAUGAUCGAGAGUUCUCCCAAGGCGGUUUUUUCCCAUACUGCUGCUCUUGCUCAGGGCGCAAUCAUGCUUGGUCUCUCCUUUGUCCAAGGGACAGAUCCGGUUUGGAUGCGCUCAGAGUGAACCCUGGCCCUGAAGGCCGAGAUAUAUCAUUUUUGCUUUCUAAGACAUCAACCAAGAAGAAAACUGAGGAAAUUCAUGUUCAACCUAUUUAAAGGAAAAAAAAAAAACAGCUAAACCCAAAAAAAAGAAUAAAACACCUUCCAGGCCAUCCGAGAAGGGGAAAAGCAA